CGAAAUAGAAGACGGAAAUGUGGACUAUCCAUUCACGACGUGUCACUUUAAGAACAUCGGUGAUCACGUGUGCAGCGCUUUUCACACACACACACAAAAAAAGUUUGACAUAAAUUUCGAAAAUUAUUUUGCAAUUGUCUAAGUGUCCGAGAAAUACAUUUGGAUAGUGGUACGAUGGACGGGAUAUCCCAGAAAAUUCUGACUUCAGGAUUUGCUCUUAACCUGGGACCCUUGAAAGAGCCCUUGGCAUUUAUUAGAGCGCUCGAAUGGGUCUUCUCCAUAUUUGCCUUCGCUACAACGUCGGGUUAUGCCGGCUCUACGAGCAUCAACGUGCAGUGCCAGGGAAGCAGCAGCCAAGAAAUCACUGCUCACUUUAACUACCCGUUCAGACUCAUGGCUCACCCGUUCACUGUCCCCUCCUGUAAGAACGACUCCAGCGCUAUCCAGAACUAUCUGACUGGCGACUACUCCUCUUCAGCUGAGUUCUACGUCUGUAUCGGGGUGUUUGCCUUCAUCUACAGCACCGCCAGCCUGGUGAUCUACCUGGGCUACCAGCACGUCUACAGGCAGACCAGCCGCGGCCCCAUUGUGGACCUGCUGGUGACAGCAGCCUUCACCUUCCUGUGGCUAGUGUCUUCCUCUGCCUGGGGUAAAGGCCUAACUGACAUCAAGUGGGCUACCAGCCCCUCUAACCUGGUAGGCUUAAUCUCCACUUGCAAGGACGUCAGAAACAAGUGCACAUCAGGAGCAGUGCCUCACAUGGGGCGACUCAACUCCUCUGUGAUCUUUGGAUUCCUCAAUCUGAUAUUGUGGGGUGGUAACUGCUGGUUCAUCUUCAAGGAGACCUCUUUCCACAAGUCAGCCAACCCCCCUGCGGACAUGGAGGGUUCAGGGGUCAGGUCCCUGCCGUCCUAACUGGGCAGUUCUCUACUGUCAACGGCUGUGUUCCAGACUGCCUACAAUGCAGUCACACUGCAUAAAUGAACCAGUCUUUGGAGCGACUCUUAACUUCCACUCAAAUUCUCACGUAGUCACGCAUCGAUGCCAUUUGGAGACAAUGUGACUUUGUGGAAGUUAAUAUUUUUUCCCCUCUGUGAUUUCUGACUUGUUAAACACUUAUCCAGGCGUUUUGAGAUGUGUGACUGAUUUGCAGAUGACCUGGAACAGAGCUGAAGUUUCCUCCACCCGAGUAGUUCCUAUACCUUUUUCAAAUGAUUUGUAAAUUGGUUCGAAUGCUGCUUAGAAAUGUCUUCUGUAAACUUAACCACAGUUUCUUUCAUGCAUUGCCAACAUUGCCACAUUUUAUUAUUCAAAAGCUUUCGAAGUGGUGAGUUUUAGGUUCUUUAAAUAGGUACAAAACUGAAUCCAGCAAAUAUAAAAAGGAGACAUUUUGGGCAGGGUGUGAAUUUAAGUCGUAACUAGUUUUGUUUCAUUUAGUUAACUCUUUACUUCACGGUAUAACUAACCCAAUGCAACAAUCAAAUCAGUUUAUUAAAAACGUUGCUGUGUGAUUAUUUCUUUCUGUUACUCUGUGGGUAGUUUAGUAUUUUUUUUUAUACACAUUAAACAAAGUGCUUAUUACAACAAGGGCUUUGCUUGUUAUUUGCCACUUAUAAGAAACUAAGCAGAAAUGAUUACGGACAUCUGUGUGAUGCUAUGAUCAAUUCUACAGUACUUUCAUGUCAUGUUCAAAAUGUGCCUUUCUUUCUUUGUGCCAGAAGGUUUGUAAUAUUUCAUGCGUUUUUAAAUGAACACGUUUUUUUUUUAAUAUAAAUGGGAAAAUAAAGCCAGCAAAGUCCUGUUUUCACUUUGUCACAAGUAGUGAUGAAUUUCAUACCUUUUGGUCACAACCAUUUUUCAACUCUGUUGUUCAAAUACAUUUUAAAUGAUGUUCUGUAAUUCCUUGGGUCUCUUCUACCUCAGUUUUGUGAAGUUUUCACUCUUCAAAUAAUAAUGUUAUCUUUCAAAUGGUCGGUCUCAUUCAGUAUUGUUUAUAUAUAUACAUUUCAAUUUAAGGUAUCAUUAUUGUGACACACCAUUUAAACAAAGCUGUAAAUUAAAGGAAAAUAGCUGGUAAA